GGCUUCGGCGGGCUGACUGCGGCUAUUGAGUGCCACCGACAAGGUCACGAUGUUAGUAUCUACGAGUCCUUCAAGGAACUCAAAGUACUCGGCGACAUCAUAUCUUUCGGCAGCAACGCAGCGCCGGUCUUCAAUGGUCACCGUGGCGAGCUGCAUACUAUAGUUUUUGAGUAUGCGAGAGACGAACUGGGUAUUCCAAUUUAUCUGGGCAAAAGAGCCCAAGAAUACUUCGAGGACGAGACUCAGGCCGGUAUUGUGUUAGAAGGCGGUGAAAAGGUGUAUGCCGAUGUGGUCAUCGGCUCGGACGGUGUCCGUUCGAAAGCCAGACAGCUGGUGCUGGGCUACGACGACCGGCCAAAGCCGAGUGGCUAUGCCGUCUUUCGUGCAUGGUUCCCCAAUACAGAUAUGAUGGCGGAUGCACGCACACGCAAGUUCUGCGCGAAUGGCGACACGUUCCAAGGCUGGAUCGGACCAGAUGUACACUUUCUCUUUUCAACCAUCAAAGGCGGCAAGGACUGCUGUUGGGUCAUGACACACAAGGACGACAAUGACAUCGAGGAGAGUUGGUCGUUGCCGGGAAAGAUGGAGGACGUGUACAAGGUCAUCGAUGGGUGGGACCCGCUGUGCAAGGCGAUUGUCGAGAAAACGCCCUCUUGUGUGGACUGGAAGCUGGUGUAUCGCGAUCCGCUGCCUCGAUGGGUGUCGGACCACGGCAGGACGUGUCUGCUAGGCGAUUCGGCUCAUCCCUUCCUACCCACGAGCGCUCAGGGUGCAACGCAAGCUCUCGAGGAUGGAGUUACGCUCGCCUACUGCCUCAAGGUAGCAGGCAAGUCACAGAUCCCAGCGGCAUUACGCGCCUUCCAGGACAUUCGCUAUGAGCGGGUCAAGGCAGUCCAGAAGACGGGCGAGACGACCAGGGACAUGUGGCACAAAGCCGACUGGGAUCGCGUCAAGGACGACCCAAAGUCGGUGCAGAUGCCACGAGAAGAUUGGAUCCUGGGCCAUGACGCCGAAGCGCACGCGUCGCAAGUCUUUCAGGCAUCCUUCAACAAGUAUGUCACAACGAGCGUCUGUUGA